CUUAUGUUUUAUGUGAUUGAGUCAUUGAAUCCGAAUAGUUUUUCCAAUUAAAUACAUCCGUCUCCAUUUCCAACAAAUUGAAGCUGACGACUCGCGUGUCGAUUGAUGCCUAGCCAAAUCUAUAUCACUCAAUGAAACAUUGCCAUCAUGGAAGGAUGAGUGAUUUACUUGGACUUAUUUUUGGGCCAUUGUAACUACAAUUUGAUCACGCAAACUGAUUUUUUGAGAUUGGAUCGACCCUACUUCACAUCGGGUUUUUCUACCGCUGCCAGCUGCAUCGAUUUUAAUAGACCGAAACCACACGGUGACCGACAUGAUUGAGAGAAAUGUAUCAAUUCAAGUACUUAAACAGGAUAAGUAGUUGAUGAUCCCAUUGAAGAGACUACGCAGCUUCGGGGACUGCAUGUCUUCUUCUUCCAAGAGGGCAAAAAAAAACAUAAGAGGAGUGCAUGGAUACAGUGGCGGUAUGGUACCGUGACUUUCUCUGCAAAAUGGAUGCGUGAUCUCUCGUUCUCUUUGCGGAGGUUGAAGUGUUGUCGCUGCGCUAUCGAGCUCUCAUUCCGUUCCCGUCGAAUUCGAAAGACGACAAAACAUGGGCCAAUCGCUGAUCUACAGCUUUGUGGCUCGAGGCACCGCGGUGUUAGCAGAGUACGCUGAGUUCGGUGGGAAGUUCGCCGGCAUCGCCUUGCAGUGCCUCCAGAAGCUCCCUCUCAGCACCGACCACUUCACUUACACCUGCGAUGGCCACACAUUCAGCUACCUCAUCGACAGCGGCUUCACAUACUGCGUCGUGGCAGUUGAUUCCAUUGGUCGUCAGAUUCCGAUGGCCUUUCUCGAGAGAAUCAAGGACGAGUUUACUAUCAGAUAUGGCGGAGGAAAAGCUGCGACUGCAGUGGCACAUAGCUUGGACAGAGAAUUCGGGCCUAAACUGAAGGAGCAAAUGCGGUACUGCGCGGAUCAUCCCGAAGAGAUCAGCAAACUUGCCAAAGUGAAAGCUCAGGCAUCAGAAGUGAAAGGAGUUAUGAUGGAGUAUGUAGAAAAGGUUCUGGAUCGAGGUGAGAAAGUUGAGCUUUUGCUCGACAAGACCGAGAAUCUUCGAUCUCAGGCGCAAGAUUUCCGGCAGCAGGCAACCCGAAUCAGAAGGAGGAUGUGGCUGCAAAACAUGAAAAUAAAGCCGAUAGUUCUCGGCAUUGUUGUCGGUUUGAUUGUGAUCAUAGUCCUGUCCAUCAUUUGUGGUGCCUUCAGGUGUGGUGGCAAAUAAUGGAGUGAUUGUAGAUUUGAUAUUCUUUAAAACCUCUAUAAGUUUUUUCUUUCUAUACACACAAGUCCUCAUUUUUCUUGGAGUAUAAUGGAAUAAAUUGCUUGUAUAGCUCUGUAUACUUGGAAGAGUUCUCUGAUCCAGCUGCACAACAUUGUGACAUCAAUAGUACUGAUUCGAAGUAAA